ACGACAGAAAGUUAAGAUUAUUUUAGUUACAUUUUUCACCUCCGACCCAGAACGUAAGGUGCUAAGCACAAGAACAUCACGAUGGUCGAGUAGGUUCAUUUUUUCACGAACAUUCACGGUUGCAUACGUUCCGAAUUGAACAAAAAAUUCAUUUCAAGAAAGCAUUUAAUCUUAGAAAGGAUUUGAAUCAAUUACGUAACAUUGAAACGUCGAUUCAAUUUUUCCAAACGUUUACAAGUAACUUUUUGUACCACAAAAAAUUUCAAGUUUCCCCUAAAAAAAAAUGAAGAACCUAUGCAAUCCUAGUUUUCGUGUGGUGCCUUUUUACCUGGUAUAAAAAAUGAAUCAUCGUGUGAAAUCUCUUCGUGCAGUUUGCAUAGCUGACUAAAAUAUCAAUAUCGUGAGAGUGUGUCUAAUAACAUUUUGGUUAAACAAAUCGUGAACGUCCGAGUGUUGAAACUUGCAAAAAUAAAGGAUACGUAUGUCGAUGAUGCUCCAUGUUUAAUUCACUGAUGUUUAACUCCGUUCUCGAUCGACGAUUUUAUCUUCAUCAUGGACUUGCGAAGAAUGUCCAAUUGGAACGUCCUGAGCGUGGAAGCGGCUCUUCAGCAACUCAACAAUUUUGACGAUGAUAAUACGGAGAUCAUAAGACGUCCAAACACGACGAUAGAAAAAUUGCCAGAUAAGGUGCUUCUGAACGUCUUCAGCUACCUGUCCCAUCGCGAGAUAUGCAGGGUGGCACGUGUGUGCAAAAGGUGGCGUCAAAUCGCCUACGACACCCGUUUAUGGAAACACGUAUCCCUACGACCAGAAAUCAGUGGACUGCACGUGAAUUCCCUAGACAACCUACUGCACUUGAUCAGCACACGUUUCGGAGCGUCGUUGAGGUACAUCGAACUACCCAUUGAGUUGAUUACUCAUACGGUGCUGCACGAGUUGGCGAACAAGUGUCCAAACCUGACCCACAUGCUCCUCGACUUCUCCACCGCGAUGCAGCUGCACGAUUUCUCGGAAAUGCAGGCGUUUCCUACUAAACUCAAGUACAUGUGUAUCUGCCUGUCGGAGGUGAUCUUCAUGGAGGGCUUCAUGAGAAAGAUUUAUAACUUCAUUAAUGGUUUGGAGAUUCUUCAUUUGAUAGGAACAUACGAGAAGGUAGAAGAAGAGGAAGAAGAAAUCUACGAAGUGAUAAACGUGCACAAACUAAAGUCAGCGACCCCAAAUUUAAGGGUGAUCAACUUAUACGGUAUCAACUUCGUAGACGACUCGCAUAUCGACGCGUUCUCCUCGAAUUGCAUCCAGCUGGAGUGUCUGGCCGUGAACUUCUGUGCCAAAGUCACUGGUUCGACGAUGAAGACCCUGUUCCAGAGAAGCAGACGAUUAAAGUGUCUGCUGAUGCAAGGAACAAAUCUUCAAAGCGACUACGUGAUGCAGGUAGAAUGGGAGAAGUCGAAUAUCCAGGAAUUGGACGUCACUGCCACGGAUUUAUCCACGGACUGCCUGAUCGAUAUGCUGACCAGAAUUCCAGGUCUUCGUUUCCUGAGCGCAGGCCAGUUGAACGGCUUCAAUGACAGCGUGCUGAAAGCCUGGGCUGAACUUGGCAAUCCACGGAACCUGAUUGCCUUGGACUUGGACAGUUCCGACAAUCUGACUGACGAUGCCCUACAUAAAUUUUUGUCCAGAUACGGUCAUCAACUGUGGGGACUAGCUUUGUCCGGCAUGCCUCACAUCACCGAUCAGUUAUGGCAGAGCGUCUUGCCGAUAUUAACUAAUGCCAAAAUUCUCGUAAUGGGAACACAAGAGAGAUUGGGAGUAAAUAUCCACGUGGAUCAAUUGAUGGACGGAAUAGCGAAUAACUGUCCAAACUUAGAACGUUUGGAGUUACGUUGGGACCCAGAGAACUUGAGGUUCUCCGACAAGAGUCAAAAAGCGAUAGACAUUCUUCGCGUCAAGUGUAUCAAGUUACGCUGUCUAAGUUUGAGUGAUGGAAGAUAUUAUGAAAUAGUUAAAGCGAAUUUCGAGCGUGCCGACAGACUGACGGUCGUUCGAACGACGACAUGCUGCCGCGUGUCGAAUUACUACCUCUUAGCCAAUUACAAGGAUCUAAUUUUUAAUUAAUAUUAUUUAUAAUUACAUUUAUACGCGGGAGGGAUUUAUGCGUAAGUUUUGUUCCAUAGGAUCGACGAGUCACCGUGGCGAUCGAUGAUACCAAACAGACGAUGGAUCACGGUUGCUAUUGACCAAACAGGGAAUCGACUCAAUUAUUUAUUCCACAUAUUAUUAUAAGAAAAAACGCGCAAAAUGUCAGAUACAUAUUUUUUUACGAUACGUUCGAUCAUGUACAUAGACCAGUUUGCAAACUGUAACAAUUUAUUAAAUCUCGAAUGUUCACUCGACAAAUAACAAUCUUGACAUUUUUACGAAAUCUGAGAUUUGUCAUUGAAACCUUAAUUAAGGACGAGUUAAUUCAGCAUAAUAGUGAAAUGUAUUUCUUGGUUAAUCGUGUCAUUACCUUUCUGUACUCGGAACACGCGAAGGAAACGCUGUCGUGAAAUCGUUUUUCAGGCGCAAUAUCGACAAGGUAGCGGCACGCACAAUGGCGUUCGUAGUUUUAUCGAUUAUUCGCUAAUUUAUUCAUGCAGCCGACGACGACGACGUCGCACUGGCCACAGCUGGUGGUCGGUCGAUUCGCUCGAUUUCAUUCUCUCCACAUGCCAGACCCUUCGUUUAUAUGUUGUAUUAUAGUCGACGGACAACCGCUGUCACCGUCACGACUUUUCGCAUGAUUUCCCGUAACUUUUGUAUCUUGUACCUUCUAUCUCCCGUACCG